AUGGGGAAGAAAAGAUACGUCUACCUCCAGCUGUCGAUGAACAGCAUCGUGCUGGGAAAGGUAUACAUCCAGCUGUUUAACGACGAGGAGGUGAAGAACUCAGUUGAUAAUUUCCUCUCCCUGUGCAGAGGUAACAAGUACCACAGCAUGUAUUCAGGGGAACCCCUAUCAUAUAAGCACUGUAUUAUCGAGAAGGUGAAAAAAAAUAAGUGUAUAAAAAGCGGUUACCUACGAUGCAAAGUUACGCAUGAUACUAAUGGGAAGGUCAUCCCUCCCUCGACUUGGACAAACACUCAUGAAAAGUACGAACAAGUAGAAUGCAUUUUUGGUCCCAAUUUCAAGAAGGAGAGUUCCCAAAGGAGACAUACAAAUGCAGGGUUGCUCACCAUGGUCCAGGUGGGACCCAAACGUUGUUCCUCUAUCUUUAAAAUAACUCUCAAUUCUGUGAAUAAAUACAAUGGCAAAAACACAGUCAUCGGAAGAGUCGUCAAAAAUAUGCAUAUCUUGAGGGCUAUCGAGUUGAUUCCCGUGACAAAAAACUUUGAGCCGAAGAUCUGCAUUUACAUUUCAGAAUGCAGUGAGGUCAGUGAGGCUCUGUUCAAAAGAGAGCGCGUCUCCUCCAGGCAGCAGUAUAUUGAUAGUCUCUUUGCAACUCACGGCAUCGCCGAUGCGCGCAAGACUGGAGAAGCUAUCGAUGCUAGCAGUGAUGAUAGUGACGGUAGUGACGCCUUUGGCGAUAGCGAUGGCAAUGAUCGCAGUAAGGCGGACGAAUAUGCAUGCUACCACUAUGAGAAGAACGCCAGUGUUACCAACGCCUGUGGGAAGCGGCCCACGCGGGGGGAUGGGCCCCGAGACACAGCAAAGGGGGACCCACCCAAAGGGGGCGAUCCACCCAAAGGGGGCGAACCACCCAAAGGGGGCGAACCACCCAAAGAGGGCGAUCCACUCAAAGGGGACGAUCCACUCAAAGGGGACUAUCCACCCUAUGGGGAUGACCCCCCCAGCAGUAGCGACGAUAAAGAAGACGUCCCGGCCAUCUAUACAACCAGCGCUGCUCAAGCAAAAAGCGUCUCCAAAAAGAAAAACAAUAAGGAUCUAAUCGAAGUUGACAGGGAUAUGCGAUUUUUUAAAAAAAUGAAGUUCAAUUUUUCCAUAAAUAGGAAUAUCUAUGAUGAGAAAAAAAAAAAAUGGGGAAGA